GCCUCUUGAACCAGCUUAAAGGAGUCACAAGGGAUAUUCACUAAUGUCUCAAGCAGGGAUCACACCUAUCUCCGAGCGUGAAACACGCGGCUCUCCCCCUACUAACUAUAUUCUCCCGGAAUACGUUCACUUCAAAAAUCCACAGGGACGAUACCUGAAAAGCACUGCGAACAAGAUCGGAUGGUACGGCCUCAAAUGGGACCCCACUGUUCCCGACAUCGACUGUCGUUUCAGGGUCCAACAUAUCCCUGAAGAACCGGGGAACUUCUACGUCCUGGGAAGGGCCGGCGAUAAAUAUCGCUUCUCAGUCUCCAUGUACAAGACUAGUGGAAGCACCAAGUACUACGACUGCGAUGUUUCCAGCAUCCCUGUCAAUGUAGUCCCUCCUUCCUAUGUCUGGCGUCUCGUGGCUGUCGGUGGAAACGACAUCUACCUCGUUUCCGACAAUACCUACGAUCGCCCUAUCAUCUUCAUGAGCAACUAUGACAACCAGCGCUACAGGCUUUGGGACCACAACAAUGACUCAUGGCUCGACGUCGUCCGCUCUACCACGUACGCCGGGGAUUCCAACAGGAUCACCGUCGAGCGUGCCGCCCUGCGAACCGAUAUUUACGACGUCAACUACAAUAUCGACGCCGGCAAGGUCAUUGAUCUCACGCCUACCAUCGCCGUCGAAAAGGUGUUGGAGAACAGGACCGGUGCCGAUGCCAGCCAGUCCGUCGCGUAUACCUAUACGAAGAGCGAGGAAGGCAACUGGAAUAACGUCCUUGGCAUCGAACUCGGACAAACGUUCACUUUCAAGGCUGGCAUCCCUUUCAUUGCCCAGGGAGAGGCCGAGAUCUCCAUCUCGGAAGCCUACGAGCGUCAAUGGGGUGGCUCGACGAUUGAGUCGAACGAAGUGCAGACCUCCACCACCGUCACCGUUCCUGCCCACACCACCGUCAGGCUCACCGUAUUGAUCUACAAGAGUCAACUCGAUAUUCCGUUCACUUACACGGAGAGGAUCACCAACUUUGAUGGAACUGUCACUGAGAUUAAGAACAAGGAGGGAAUGUACCACAAUGUCCAGUUCAUCAAGGACCAUGCGACCAGCGAAGUCAUCGGGCGUAUCUGAUCCAGAUUCUGCGUGGUGGCUGGGCGUUGAACGUUGAAUAUUGAAUACCAACCCGUCCCACCCCAACCUCUGACUCGGGGAUAGCGAUUCAUGACCAUGGUUUCGUAUCUCAGCCGUACAAAAUACAAAAUAGCGGACAAUAACCUGUACCAUCAUCGUCGUUCGUAGUCAAAUUGCUCUUGCCUUCCAACUAGCACCG